GCUCCAGGCCCUCCCAGCCCGUUCUCCUCCUCCAACUCCGAAAUAUAAACCGGAGCUGCUCUCCCCGCCCUCCACCAACCUCCCCAACCCGUCCUGCCCGUCCUGCCUGUCCUGCAACCCGCAGCCCGCUCCGCUCCCACCUCCUUCCAGCUCUCUUGCGACCUUCCUGCUCGGCUUCCAACCUUCUUCCAACCCUCUUCCGACCUUCUAGACCACCUUCCGACCCUCUUCCAACCUUCUUGCUCCACUUCCGACCCUCUUCCGACCUUCUAGCCCACCUUCCGACCUUCUAUCCCACCUUCCGACCCUCUUCCGACCUUCUAGCCCACCUUCUGACCUUCUAGCCCACCUUCCAACCCUCUUCUGACCUCCUAGCCCAUCUUCGGACCCUCUUCCGACCUCCUAGCCCAUCUUCGGACCCUCUUCCGACCCUCUUCCAACCUCCCAACCCUCUUCCAACCUUCUAGCCCACCUUCUGACCCUCUUCUGACCUUCUAGCCCACCUUCUGACCUUCUAGCCCACCUUACAACCCUCUUCCAACCUUCUAGCCCACCUUCCGACACUCUUCCAACCUUCUAGCCCACCUUUGGACCCUCUUCUGACCUUCUAGCCCACCUUCCAACCUUCUAGCCCACCUUACAACCCUCUUCUGACCUUCUAGCCCACCUUCCGACCCUCUCCCAACCCUCUUGCCCACCUUCUAGCCCCUUCUCUCACCUUCUAGCCCACCUUCCCACCCACCCGCCCACCAUGUCUGUCACCAUCACCAGGAAGACCGUGAGGAGCAGCUCGGCCGUCCCGAGCCGUUCCUUCAGCUCCCACUCCUACACCGCCGGCCCCGGCGUGAGGAUGAGUACGGCCUCAACCUUCGCCGGCUAUGGUGGGAACCGUUACGGAGCUGCUUUCUACCGGGCUCCGGCUUUGGUGGCCACCGCAGGAGGUGGUGGCAUCACGGCCGUCAGCGUCAACCAGAGCCUCUUGACGCCCCUCAACCUGGAGAUCGACCCCAAUGUCCAACGAGUGCGCAAAGAGGAGAAGGAGCAGAUCAAGACGCUCAACAACAAGUUCGCUUCCUUCAUCGACAAGGUCCGGUUCCUGGAGCAGCAGAACAAGAUGCUGGAGACCAAGUGGAGCCUCUUGCAGAACCAGAAGACGACACGCAGCAACCUGAACGGACUCUUCGAGGCGUAUAUCGGCACCUUACGGCGGCAGCUCGACGGGCUCGGCCAGGAGCGCCUACGCUUGGAAGCCGAGCUGGGCAACAUGCAAGGGCUGGUGGAAGAGUUCAAGAACAAGUACGAAGAGGAGAUCAACCACCGCACCGAGAAGGAAAAUGAGUUCGUUCUGCUCAAAAAGGACGUGGACGAAGCCUACAUGAACAAAGUGGAGUUGGAGUCGCGUUUGGAGAGUCUGACGGACGAAAUCAACUUCUUGCGGCAGCUCUACGACGAGGAACUCCGGGAGUUGCAGUCGCAAAUCUCCGACACCUCCGUCGUCCUCUCCAUGGACAACAACCGCAGUUUGGACCUGGACGGUAUCAUCGCCGAAGUGAAGGCGCAGUACGAGGACAUCGCCAACCGCAGCCGCGCUGAGGCCGAGAACAUGUACCAGGUCAAGUACGAAGAGUUGAAGACGACGGCUGGAAAACACGGAGACGACCUACGCAACACCCGCGGCGAGAUCAACGAGCUCAACAGGCUGAUCCAGAGGAUCCAGACGGAGAUCGAGGCGCUCAAGAACCAGCGAGCCAACCUGGAGACGGCCAUCGCCGAGGCGGAGGAGCGCGGCGAGCUGGCGCUGAAGGAUGCUAAGGGAAAGCUGGCCGAGCUGGAGGCCGCCCUGCAGAAGGCGAAGCAGGACAUGGCUCGGCAGCUCCGAGAGUACCAGGAGCUCAUGAACGUCAAACUGGCCCUGGACAUAGAGAUCGCGACCUACAGGAAGCUGCUGGAGGGAGAGGAGAGCAGGUUGGAAUCCGGGAUGCAAAACCUGAGCAUCCACACCAAGACGAGCGGGUACUCAGGAUCCAACUUCGGGGGGGGCUUCACCGGGGGUUUCGGGGGGGGCUUUGGCACCUCCUUCUCCAGCUAUUCCGUCCCCUCUCCGGCCAACUCUCCCGUCACCAAAUCCCGCGCCAUCGUCAUCAAGAAGAUCGAGACCCGCGAUGGGAAGUUGGUGUCCGAGUCCUCCGACAUCCUGACCAGACUCGUCAACAUGUCUCGCCAGUCCAUUGGUUUCGGCAAGGGAUUCAGCUCCAGCUCAGCUUGCUUUGGAGCGAAGAACAAGGUCACGUUCGGCUCGGUGUCCCGUGGAACGUGCAGGGGACUUGGCAACGCCGGCGGCUUCAGUAGCCGGAGCCUCUAUGCCUUAGGGGGGAGUAAAAGUAUCUCUCUGGGAGGGUUCGGUGGAGGAAGUGUUGUCUGCAGAGGUUUUGGAGCUGGUGGUCAGGGAGGCUUUGGCUACGGUUCUGGGACAGGAAUUGGUGGUGGCUACGGUUGUGGGCUUGGAGGAGGCAUUGGUGGUGGUUUUGGUGGCUUUGGUGGAGGGUUUGAUGGAGGGAUUGGAGGCUUUCCUCCCUGCCCACCGGGUGGCAUCAGGGAAGUGACCAUCAACCAGAGCCUACUGGCCCCGCUCAACCUUGAAAUCGACCCUGAGAUCCAGAAGGUGCGAACGCAAGAGCGGGAGGAGAUAAAGAAGCUCAACGACAAAUUCGCUUCCUUCAUUGACAAGGUCCGGUUCCUCGAGCAGCAGAACCGAGUCCUGGAGACCAAGUGGAAGCUCCUGCAGGAGCAGGGUGGCGUAGGGACGAGUGGCAGGAGCCUUGACCCCAUCUAUGAAACCUACAUCAGCGGGCUGAGGCGGCAGCUGGACUGCCUGGCCAGCGAGAAGGUUCAGCUGGGGUCCGAGCUGAAGAACUUCCAAGAUUUGGUGGAAGACUACAAGACCAAGUAUGAAGAGGAAAUAAACAAAAGGACAGCGUCGGAGAAUGAUUUUGUGCUCCUAAAAAAGGACGUGGAUGCAGUCUACAUGACCAAGAUGGACCUGCAGGCAAAAAUAGAUUCUCUGGUAGAUGAGAUUGAAUUCUUGAAGUGUUUGUACGAUGCGGAGCUGUCCCAGAUGCAGAAGACAGUUUCCGACACCUCUGUGGUCCUCUCCAUGGACAAUAACCGAAACCUGGACCUGGACAGCAUCAUUGCAGAGGUCAAAGCCCAAUACGAGGAGAUCGCCAACAGGAGCAGAUUAGAGGCAGAAGCUUGGUAUCAAAGCAAGUACGAAGAGCUGCAGGUUACGGCAGGCAAGCAUGGAGACAGCCUGAAGGACACAAAGACUGAGAUCUCUGAGAUAAACCGCAUGAUCCAGAGGAUACGGGCUGAGAUCGAGAGUGUGAAGAAACAGUGUGAGACCCUGCAGAGCUCCGUUACGGAUGCUGAGGAACGCGGGGAGGUGGCCCUCAAAGAUGCCAGGAGCAAACUGGUCGAGCUGGAGACAGCCCUGCAGAAAGCCAAGCAGGACAUGGCCCGGCAGCUCCGCGAGUACCAGGAGCUCAUGAACGUCAAGUUGGCUCUGGAUGUUGAGAUUGCGACCUACAGGAAGCUCCUGGAAGGAGAGGAGUGCAGGAUGUCUGGAGAGUGUCAGAGUGCCGUGAGCAUCUCCGUGGUGGGAGGCAGCAGCACCUCUGUGGGAGGUGGAUACGGCGGUGGACUGUGCCUUGGAGGAGGAGGAGGAAUCGGAUUCGGGGCUGGAAGUGGGAGAGGCAGCUGUAACACAGGCUUCAGCUACAGCCUUGGAGGGGGUGGAUUUGGCUCUGGAGGGGCAGGAUUCUGCUCUGUGGGCGGAGGGUGUAACUCAGUGGUAGUGGGAUCUGGCACCACCUUGAAGAAAACCAGCUCCAUAUCUGCCGUCCGGAGGGCCUAGGAGAGCCAGCUGGGAGGGUCUGGGGAAGGGGGAAGGAAGCAAAUUUCAUGAUGACCAUGACCCCCCGUUCCUUGCCAAGGUUGGCAACCAUCUAUUUCAUUCUACACCUCCACCAUCCUUCAGAAACCGCACAGAAAAUUAAAUUAGAGCUCCAUUUCCACAGCUAAGGACUGAGAUUCUCAACAGUGUUUGAGGACAGCUCGCUUGCCCAACUCUCCCCUUGAGACACUGCAGAGCUGCUGGUCAUCACGGUGCUGGGACUCAUUUGGAAGCAGGACCAGCCCUGCCGCUGGAAAGCCUCAAGCUGGGAGAAAGCAGCGUGGUCCGAGGCAUCCAAGCAGUGGUGGCUGGAGGGAACCGGUCCAUGCGCUCCUUGGAGAACCCGUGUCCUGCGAAGCCUGUGGAAAAUCUCGACGUCUUUCCAGAUCUCGUGCUGGAUCCAGAUGUGGUGCAACUUUAACCGGUGCUGCUCAUCAGCCAGGGCUCGAACUCCAAAACCAAGAAUUUCCUCACGGUGACUCGUCCCAGCUGAGGAUAUCUCUUACCCCACUGGUUUUUAUUUUCCAAGCAAGGUGCCAGCAGUUUCACUCCCCGCUCUCCCUUCUUUAGAAGCUGCUCUAAAUGUUC